UCAACGAAGGUCAAAGUUAGAGGACUUGCUUCUUCUUCUGGUGAUGGAGAUAGUCCAUCUUAUCCAUCUGAGAAUCAAACUACCAUUCGUGAAAGAGAAAAAGCUCGUUUAAUGUAUGAAAUUUUUGGUCCUGAAAUCACGGAUGAUAGUGAUGAAAAUGGCUCUGAAGAAGAAUUUAUGGAGACCAACUUAUUGCCCUUGGUGCCCUUGGAGAGUCUGAAAUGGGGAAAACGUGGAAAACGCAGCAUGCGUAGUGGCACAUGCAAAAGACACAUGCUAGAAAAUCAUGUUGAACAACAUAAAAAUAAUGAGAUGGAUAUUCAAGUCUUGCUUGUUUCAAUGGAUACGUCAGUGAUACCAAAUUUGCAGAAUCCUCAAGUAAGCUGCAAACCUAACGUGACAAUGAAGUCACUAUGUGAGAUGUACGUUGCUCCUUACGUUGAGGCACAAGUUGAAGAAAUCGAGAUGUUUGUGGUUAACGAGUUGGUGACAGAGUCGAGAGUGAUUGAUCCCCACAAAGACAGAGUACAAAUUGUGAAGAAAGAAGACAAUGUUGGUGGAUUGAUGAGAAUGUAUGACUUCAACAAGGGACAUGUGGUGAGUCUUUUGAUCUUCUUGAAACCUUCUAUGUAUCGAAGUUACAAUUUUUUUUCUUACUAGGAAUAUUGUUUUUGCUACAGAUUAUUGGCUAUAUGAAGACUCCUUCAGAUAACCAAGAGUAAUAACAACAAAUUGAGUGAUGGAGGCCAGUGGAGAUGUCAACUCAUUUACAAAUAAGAAACCACCGAGACUUUAAGUUUGUUUUUUUAAAUAUUUUUAUCGACAAGAGAAUGAAAACUUUGGUAUUUUUGAGACAGGAUGAAUUGUUUCAUAUAUUUCAUUGUAGAACUUUCUCUCUU